CCUCACACAGCCGAGCAUCCUGAGCUCUCUGCUGCUGCUGCUGCUGCUCACUGGGACCUUUAAACUCAAACCUGGAGCUCAGCUGACUGAAGAAGAGUCUGACUUCAACAGGAGUGAAGGUAUCUCUCCAACAGGUAAAUCAUGAUAAGGUGGACUGUGUUGCUGUCUGUGUGUCUGCAUGCCAUCUCAGCAUCGUUUGAUUACAUCUAUGAAGAGCACUCCUUUAUGGACCCGGAGGACGUGCUGAGUGUGAGCAUUCCUCUGGAGGAGCCACAGCAUCCUCUACUGGGAGGGACACUGGUUCUGCCGUGUUACUUUGAGGACCACACUGUCCCUGACCCGGGGGCUCCCACCAUCACCCCUCUUUCUCAUCGCAUCAAAUGGAGCCUUGUUACCAAAGAAAAAGUCACAACUAUUCUAGUGGCCUUGGAAGGACAGGUGCGUAUCAGCGAGAGCUACCUGGACAGAGUUCAUCUGGUGGGCUACCCCAUGACUCCUACAGAUGCUAGCAUCAAGAUAUCCGAACUGCGGUCCAGUGACUCAGGGGUCUACCGCUGUGAGGUUCAGCAUGGCAUCGAGGACAACCACGACAUCGUCCAUGUGCAGGUUCAAGGUAUGGUAUUUCACUACCGUGCCAUCAUGGGCCGCUACAGUCUGACUUUUGAGAAGGCGAACGCAGCAUGCACCCAGAACAGUGCGGUCAUGGCUUCACCUGAACAGCUUCAAGCGGCCUUCGAUGACGGGUUCCACCAGUGUGACGCUGGCUGGCUCUCUGACCAAACAGUCAGGUACCCAAUCCACGAUCCUCGUGUGAACUGCUACGGUGACAAAGAAGAGCUGCCUGGGGUCAGGACAUAUGGAGUGAGGGACCUCAAUGAGACUUAUGAUGUCUACUGCUUCACUGAAAAGAUGACAGGCAGAGUUUUCUACACCGCCUCUGCAGAAAAGUUCACCUUCUCUGAGGCGGUGGUGGCAUGCUCCAGUCAGGGAGCUCAGUUGGCCACUACAGGUCAGCUUUACCUGGCCUGGCAGGGUGGGAUGGAUGUGUGUAACGCCGGCUGGCUGGGAGACAGGAGUGUCCGCUACCCCAUCAACAUUCGUCGGCCACAGUGUGGAGGGGGUCUUCUGGGGGUGCGGACUGUUUACCUACACACAAACCAGACAGGAUACCCACUUCCUGAAUCCCGCUAUGAUGCCUUUUGUUACACAGAGUCCCCUGAAGAGGAAGGUUCAGGCAUUGCAGAAGAGGGCAGUGGUGUGCUGAGUGUUACCACAGUGACAAGGAGCCCAGAGGUGUUCUUCAGGAGAACGACCACAGAGAGUGAGGCGGUCGGAGAGGUGGAGACUCAGCAGCCUACCAUUGUGGACUUCACCUACACGGACAGCACUACCGAGCUGCCGCUGCCUCAGCCACCGAACAUCACAGAGUUUGUCACUGACCUGAUAGAGCCAGCCACCGCCCCGCCCGACACAGGCAGGGAGCCCAGCAAAGGCUUUGUGAUGCCUCAAACUGGUGUGGUCUUCCAUUAUCGCUCAGGCUCAAGUCGUUAUGCCUUUACUUUUGUUGAGGCCCAACUGGCCUGCCAGAGCGUCGGAGCCUCCAUCGCCACGCCAGAGCAGCUGCAGGCAGCGUACGAAGCUGGGUAUCAUCGGUGUGAUGCAGGAUGGUUAUUGGACCAGACUGUAAGGUAUCCUAUUGUUUUCCCUCGAGAGAAAUGUGCUGGUGAUCUGGGGGAUCAACCUGGAGUUCGGUCCUAUGGUUUGAGGCAAGCCGAUGAGAGAUAUGAUGUGUACUGCUACAUUGAUGGGCUAAAAGGUGAGGUUUUCCAUGUGGGCUCUGCUGAGGGUUUCACCUAUGAUGAAGCUGCUUUUAGCUGUCAAGAGCAGAACGCUGUACUGGCCUCCACCGGAGAGCUCUACGCAGCCUGGAAAAUGGGUUUUGACAAGUGCCGUGCUGGCUGGCUAGUGGAUCGUAGUGUCCGGUAUCCCAUCAACAACCCCCGCACUGAGUGUGGAGCGGGGAAAGCAGGAGUACACACUGUUUACGCCUACCCCAACCAGACAAGCUUUCCUGAAGUCAACGCCAGAUUUGAUGUAUAUUGUUUCAGAGCGAACCUUCUACUUAUUGCAAAUGAAACUGGACUGAACAUCACAGAUAUUCAGGAGGCCCUCAUUAACCUAACAUCAAUUACUGAUCUGUUGAGGCCUGCUGUUCCUUCCAUCGUCACUCCCAUCCCUGUGGAAACUUCAGGCUCUGGCUCAGGGUCAGCAGACUUCGGCUCAGGGUCUGCCUCUGGGGGUCACUCUGGAGAUUUAUCUGGCUCUGGAGACCUGGCUGGUUCUGGAGACCAUGUAAUCUCUGGAGAUCUGUCUGGCUCUGGAGACCUGCUGGGUUCUGAAGACCAGGUUAUCUCUGGGGAUCUGUCUGGAUCUGGAGACCUGGCAGGUUCUGGAGAUCAGGUCACCUCUGGAGAUACAUCUGGUUCUGGAGACCUGUCUGCCUCUGGAGAUUUGUCUGGUUCUGGAGACCUGUCUGCCUCUGGAGAUUUGUCUGGUUCUGGAGACCUGACCAGCAGUGCAAGUGCUGAGCUGGCAAGUGGAGCAUCAGGUUUCAGCAGUACAGAUUCUUCUGGUUCAGGUCUUAGUGGAGAAGGAUCUGGUAUCACUGUUGUUUUUUCAGGCAUCGACAGCAUUAUCUCUGGAGAGGGCUCAGUUUCAGGAGAACUCCAAGAAGCUGGUGAGGGAAGCAGAGGGAUCCUUAUCUUCCCCUCAUCUGAAGCAGGCUCUGGAGUACUCAGUGGUAGUGGGGAGCUGUCUGGAUCUGGCACUGGAUCUGGCACUGGAUCUGGUUUAAGCUCUGCGGAGAGUGGCUCUUCAAUUGACAGCUCUGGAGAAAGUGGACAGUUCUCUGGUGUGUCAUCGGGUUUCAUCACCAGCCAGGAGUUUUCUGGGUUCAGUGGUUUCCCAUCAGGAUUCUUCUCUGGAAGUGCUAGUGGACAGUCAGGAGAAGUUUCAGGAAGUGGAGAUGGUCAGAUCUUACUGAUUGAUGGUGAACUGAUCGAUGUGUCCACCCCUACUACCCACAAGGAGCAUGAGCUUGGUGGAGGUCUACUGGCGUUCAGUGGCUCUGGAGACAUGUCUGGAUCUGGGAUUCCCAGUGGUGAUGCCAGUGGCUCGGCCUCUGGAAGUGGCUCUGGGUUCUUCUCAGGUGUGACAUUUGUGGGGUCUGGGUUCACUGAACUUACAGUUUCAUCCUCUGGAGAGCAGGAGGCCUCAGGGUUUUUACUCUACAGCUCUGGACAAGGAAGUGGUGGACAUUUGUCUGGAUUUGGAAGCUUGAGUUUCGUCUCUGGGUCUGGAUCAGGGAUGUCUGGUUCAGGGAUGUCUGGAUCAGGGAUGUCUGGAUCAGGGAUGUCUGGAUCAGGGAUGUCUGGAUCUGAGUCCUCAACGAGAGGAGAAGAAGGCAGUGUUACAUUCUUGACUGGGGAUUUUAUGACAGAGGUGUCAGGAGACACCACACCAUCUAUGGAGCUUGGGCAGGGGUCACUGCUGUACAGUGGAGAAGGAAGCAGCAGUGGCUUUUACUCUGGCAGUGGAGACGACCACUUGUUCACAGCCAGUGGCUCUUCUUCAGGAGCUUCCUCUGGAGAUCUGCCACAGAUGGUGCUGCCCUCCCCAUCCAGUGAGUGGGCACUGACAGAGAGCAAUACAGGACCAGAGGAGGCCCUUCGUGCAACUGAAUUGUCACCAACCCUUGGUGAAUUCUAUGGAACUCAGGGCCCGGUCCUUGCCCCUGCAGGACUGGCUGCUCCUCCACCUACAGCUACACCAGCCUCUGUGCAGGAACCUGGCAUUGUUGAAGAAAUUGAUUCAAUGGAGGGUGGUUUUAACCCAUGUGAACCCAACCCCUGCAGUGCUGCUUCGUGUACAGUAGAGGAUGGGGUUGCUGUCUGCCAUGAUGAGCAGCUGUGUGAAGACGGUUGGACUAAGUUUCAGGGGAACUGCUACCUGCACUUCUCCGACAGAGAGAUGUGGCUGGACGCCGAGCAGCGCUGCCGGGACCUGAACGCCCAUCUGGUCAGCAUCAUCACCCCAGAGGAGCAACAUUUUGUCAACUCAAACGCACAGGACUACCAGUGGAUCGGACUAAAUGACAAGACAGUCGAGAAUGACUUCCGAUGGACAGAUGGCACUCCACUGCAAUACGAGAACUGGAGGCCAAACCAGCCAGAUAAUUACUUCAACUCUGGAGAAGACUGCGUGGUGAUGAUCUGGCAUGAGAACGGCCAGUGGAACGACGUGCCCUGCAACUACCACCUGCCAUUUACCUGCAAGAAAGGCCCAGUGUCCUGUGGUGCCCCGCCAGACGUGGAGAAUGCCCACAUGUUUGGUAACAGGAGGGAGGAAUACCCCGUCAACUCCAUCAUCAGGUAUCAGUGCAACCCAGGGUUUACACAACGCCACCCUCCAGUGGUUCGCUGUAAGGCAGACGGCCAGUGGGAGAAACCCCAGGUGGAAUGUACCGACGUGAAAGCCAGAAGAAGAAUACACCGGAGGAGCAGCAGGAGUGCAGCAGCCAGCAGCGAGCUCCUCUAAAAAGGAAGAGGAGGACUUUGUUACUUUAAAGAACAUUUGCAGCACAUGAAAAUCCAUUUUCCAUUUUAGCGAGGAGGAACUGAAAAGUUAAACUGCUGGAAGGCCCACAUGAUGGGUCCCCGCCCCUCGUAAUAGAUUUUAAUUAUAUAUAAUAAUUUUAUUGCUCUGAGUUUAUUUUUAUCGUGUGUAUUGUAAUAUAAUUUUGUGUGGCGAAGUCAUUGCUGGGACACUUUGUUCAACGAGUUUUACAUUUACAGAAGGCAGCAUCUGUCUGGUUCACUGUAGUCUGCUGUAAAUCUGUUUGUGGAUGCUGACAUGUUGCUAUAAAACUGGUUCAUGGCGUAAGGUUCCGAAAAGUCUUAUGCUUGUGUGCCCGUAUGGUGAAGCUUAUUGUAAUAUCUGUAGGAAGAGAAACACAGCAGGGGGACUCCUUCGGCAAAGUUAAAGGUUUUAAAGUUUACAUCAAUUAUCCAAGUUCCCCAACAGCUUCAAUCCUUCAGGCUGGUUUCUGCACUCAGUCAGUGAAUCUGAACGUUUCAUUUUUCCUCCUUCAGAAGAAAACCAUUCGCCGCCGUUCCUUUCUGUUAAAUAGCAAGAAAAAUAACUUCCACAUAGUGAGAAUCCAUCACAGGAAAGGCAGUCAAAAGUUGAUAUUUUAAAAAUGCUCUGAGGUGAAUAUUUUCAAGAAGUGUAAUUAGGGACAUGUUCAGUUUAAGAUAUAAACAUAUGAAGAUAAAUAACAACCAGAGAGAUCAACACAAAAAUACCCUGUGGUUGUCUAUGGAAGGCCAUAUUGAUGCAGAGUUAUGUGAGCAUCUGGAUAGAAAUGAUCCACCGACAAACUGACGACUACCAAGUAUUAUUGCACUGGUUACAUGUUUAAGCUGAUCUGUGUACGCCGGCGUGAAUCAUCCAGGGUGUAAGAGGUCAAACCGGUCACCUGACAAACACGUCAGUCCAACUUUAUUAUUUAGCUCGCGUUUAAUAGCUGGCAGCAUGUAGGCUUACGAGCAGUUCAGCAUUUUGGGAAAUGUCAUAAAAUGGACUGGAAAUGUUAGUAUGGACGUGUAUUUUUUAGGAUUAUUUCACACCUCUUAAAUGGAGUCAUUGGAUGUCAUAUCUCGUUAAAGUGCCCCCCUGGAUGAGUGGAAACAAGAAAAGAACAUUAAAUAGAUGAGAAUCCGACUAAACACAGAAUAGUCUGCCAUAGUAUGUUGUGGAUUAAGGCAGAGUUUUGGUCAAUGUGAAUACAAACACGCUUUUAUUUAUUGAUUUCACACAGUAACAGAGUCUCUGCUGGACUGAGCCAGUGAUUGUUAUACAAGGGUGAAUCAACCGUUCAUAUUUAAUCUGCAGCGGAUGAGGACAAGCUGCUUGUUGCUCCACAGUUCGUCACGUUGGCUGGUUUGAGUCUUUUGUUUUCUGUGUGUUGUAGUUGUCAUCAUCUCCCACGAGGCUGUGCAGUGCAUAGUGUUUGUGUGGAGCCAGUGUCAGUAUAAUAAACCUGUUAUCUAUUUCAUGCUUGUGACCUCACUGUAAACAUUACAGUGUGAAAUGACUGCUUUCAUUUAUUCACUUGUUUUGUGUCAUUGUUGCUGUAUUUGGAGGCUGUGCCUCCGUCACACAUACUGUCACCUGCUACAUGAUAAACCAAAGACUAAGAUUACAUUUCAAAGCUUUUAUUCACUAAUUUAAAGGAUGCGUCUGUCAAAUGUUUCUAUUUUUCUUAUUGUCAACAAAUCGCAGGAAAAGACCAAAACCAACAAUGAAUCUGAUUGACAUGUUCUGUCUGUGUAUCCAAAGCCUGAUUUCUCUUCUUCCUCUGUGCCACAGAGCUCCAUUGUUGUUCAAAAACUAUUAAAUACACAUCAACAAGCCUCACUGUCGCUUCCUUCGUUCCCACAAACACAUCAUGGUGUGUUAGAAGAGCUUGACGGGGGAACGCCAGCACACAAGCGUAAAACCUUCAUGGAGUAAAACGACAGCAAGAUCAACUAAAACAAAGAGUAGUAAUCGACCACGUCUGCAGUUCCACAUGUUCUGUCACAAGACGCCUUAUCAUGAUGGCAGCUGACAGGGAAAAUGCUUUUUGAGCCUCAGGGGUUUUUGGUUGCAGUGACGCGAGAGGCCACUGGAACAAACGGGCAGCGAGGCUCAGGGGUGGUCACAUAUCAAACGUUUUAACUACACAACACACACACACACAUGCUGCAGUUUAUUUUAAGUACAUCUUACACACACCGUCCUGCUGCCGUCACUAGAGCAGUGACGUUUUCUUUCCUUUUCUUUGAGUAACAUUUGGUA